CCACUUGUUGUUGCUGUGAGAGGGGCAGCCAGCUCUGUACCCCCACAUCUGGACCUGACAUCUCUUAGAUCAUAAUGCUAAAGGCCAAGGAUAAGUCUGAGGAGAGUGGUGCAAAACCUAAGCAUGUGCUUAGUAACAGAGGAACCCAGACUGAAAGCAAGAAGCCUCUGGAAGAGACAAAAAGUGUGAAAAAGCUGGAUGAAAACAAGGGAGCAUGUGAGAAGGUGAACACUUCCAGUGCUGUAGCCCACAAAGCUGACUCCAAACCCCAGCUCAAAGACAGGACAGCCCAGCAGCAAGGGGCAGAAAGUGCUGGCAAAACACAGAGCUCUAAGAGCUGUCCGCAGCAAAAGGACAUCGAUGUCAAAGCUGUGAAUCAACACAAUGGUCUUCCCUUCGUACAUCAAGAUCCUGCGGGCAACCAGAAUGCUCCUGCUGAAGGCCAGAAGGGGGACAGAGCCCCAGGCCCUGCUGAGUGCCCCAGGCAGCUCGUUCACCAGAAGCCUGGCAAGAGUGAAAGCAAAGCUGCAGCGUCCCGGGAGGCUGCGCCCUCCACGUCCAGGGCCAUAUCUGACACGGGCUGUGAAGUGACACACACCAGGAUAUCCAUCAGUGUACAUAUGACUGACAUGAAAGAAAAGACUGAGAUGGCCAAGGAGGGAAAUGUAAGUGACAGCAGAGGUAAAAGUUCCAAAGUGAAAUCCACACCAGCAGACUUGAAAGGAGUCAAACAGCAGCCUGACAAAUUAAAACUUCAACAGAGUACUAAAAACAUCAGCUCCAAGCCAGAUUCAGAAGUUAAAGGGGACAAUAAGCAAAAUGAACUUGCACCUCAAACAGGGAAGCAAAAGCCAUUCCUGAGCAAGCCCAAACCAGGUGAAAAAGCUGAAGAGAAAUCAGAAUUAAAAUGUGAGCCCAUAACCUCACAGAAUACCUCUGCAAAGGAGCCUGUGAAAGAUGCAGGGGUAAAAGUAAAAAUCCAUCAAGAAACAGCAAAAGCAGAAAAAUGCCCAGCAGACACCAAGUCUGAGACGAGGGGAUCUGAGACUGCAGGGGGAAGCAGACAUGAUGCUCAGCAGGGUACAGGACAGGCACCAGAGAAAGCCAAGUCUCUGGCAGCUGGCAGAGCUCUUCCCACUCAAGGAGAAAUCAUUGAUGACAGCCCCUCUCCUCCAGCCCCGUUCGAGCACCGCGUCGUGAGCGUCCGGCAAGCCGAGGUGACCGCCAGCUACUCCGUGUGCCGCCACCAGGUGCUGGGGGGGGGGCGUUUUGGGCAGGUCCACAAGUGCACGGAAAUAUUGACGGGGCUCAACCUGGCAGCCAAAAUCAUCAAAGUGAAAGGAGCCAAAGAGAAGGAGGAAGUAAAAAAUGAAAUUAACAUCAUGAACCAGUUAAAUCACGUGAAUCUGAUCCAGCUUUAUGAUGCUUUUGAAGCAAAAAAUAAUAUCACUUUGAUAAUGGAAUAUCUUGAUGGUGGGGAAUUAUUUGACCGGAUCACAGACGAAAAUUACCACCUGACAGAGCUGGAUGCCAUCCUGUUCACCAAGCAGAUCUGUGAAGGAGUCCACUACUUGCACCAGCAUUACAUUCUCCACUUAGAUCUGAAGCCUGAAAACAUCCUAUGUGUAAAUCACACAGGAAACCAGAUUAAAAUUAUUGACUUUGGAUUAGCAAGGAGGUACAAACCCUGUGAGAAGCUGAAGGUGAAUUUUGGGACUCCGGAGUUCCUGGCUCCCGAAGUGGUGAACUACGACUUUGUGUCCUUCCCCACGGACAUGUGGAGUGUGGGUGUGAUCACAUACAUGCUGCUUAGUGGCCUGUCCCCGUUCCUGGGAGAGACUGAUGCUGAGACAAUGAAUUAUGUAGUCAAUUGCAGCUGGGAUUUUGAUGCAGAAGCAUUUGAACAGCUCUCAGAGGAUGCCAAAGACUUUAUUUCCAGACUGCUUGUGAAGGAGAAAAGCUGCCGGAUGAGCGCCACGCAGUGCCUGAAGCACCAGUGGCUCUCGGACCUCCCUGCCAAGGCCCAGCAGUGCAAGCUCCGCCUCAAGUCCCAGCUGCUGCUGCAGAGCUACAUGGCCCACAGGAAAUGGAAGAAACACUUUUAUGUGGUGGCUGCUGCUAACAGGCUGAAGAGGUUUCAGAGUAUGUCUGUCAAGCUUGCAUGAGCUUGUGUGAACCUCCUCCACUCCUGGAGAUGGACAUGAGGCCAUGGAAGGAGGACUCAGUGUCUCCAAACAUUUCUAUCCCUGUUUUAUAACUUAAGGUUUUGGGACUGUCUUCCUCAAUUAUUUUGUGUGUUAGUGCUGUGGUUCCAGAAGAACCUUAAGGAAGAAACACAGGAAUUCUAAAAGCAGAAGCUUUUUUUUUUGUUUGCUUUUACAAGUUUUUAGUUGUUCAAUAGAGUGGUGGAAAAACAUGGCUGUUACUGGGGCUGACUUCUUGCUGAAGGCUUUGACUCUGUAGAGUAUUGUUGGUGUGUUUAUAGCAGAAAACCCCUGGCAGUUUUCUGGUCUCUCACACCAAGCAUGGGAUCUCUAAAGACUUUUUCCUGACUGAUGUUUGUGAGUUAGCAGCUUUAGAGAACUGCUACACAGUGGCACAAAAUGUCCCUCAGGUGUUUGUUACUUAAACGAAAGACACAGACAUUGUUUUCUUCUAUAUUUCUUUCCAAAAGGUAAUUUUCCCACAACAUGAAGAUGCUUCAGUGCAACUCCAGCUUGGGUGGUUUUGGUUUGUUGUUUUGGUUUUUUAUUAUUCGAUUCUCUCCUUUAAAAAAUAAUCACUGCAUAGUUAGUAACUGUGAGGAACCCUGGUUUGAGGUAACUUAAGUCAGUCCAUUGCUGCUGUUUCUUAGGGCAAGUUGAAUUGAUUGAACUUCUGGAAGGAGAUGUGUGAAACUGCCAUGCAUACAAAUCACCUAAUGAUUGUUGGGUCUAUGCAAAAAGACCUCAUGUUGUACAGAAAAGAGGAGAGUUCCAGAGAUUUUAUGUUUUUAAAACUUGUAAGUGCUUUUCAUUGUCCAUGACUGCAGCACUUAAAUUGCUAAGUUCUAGUUUGAGGAUUUGUUUCUCCUCUCUGGCAAUUUUAAUGCAGUAUGAGAAGCUGGUGUGGUGUGACAUGCAAAACAGGUUUCAUUUCUGAUAGGUUCAGUGACAAGGAAACUAACUGUGUGUUGCCAGACUCUGCCUUUAGUCCAGUUAGGAGGUUGAAGCCCUUUUUUCCCCCCUCAUUUAGCUCUUGAACAAUAAACUGCUUCUUCACAAUAUUAACUUAUUUUGGAUUUUAAACUCUUUUCUUAUGCAUAGAGUGAGAGCCACUUAGAAUCUCUCAGAUAAAAGUACAAUAUUAUUUAUUAAACCUGUGGUUUCCUGUUCUGGAUUUUGCAAAACUCAGUGUGAACUGGAUGGGCUCUUAGGAAAAAUGGAAACUAGUAUUACUAAAAGUAGCUUUCCAGCAAAGGUGCCUGUGAAGUUCCUUUGAACUUUAUGGACUUUGACACCCCUUGAAUUUGCAGAAGUGUUGGUUGCUAAUGAUGUUUCUAAGAUUGCCUUACUCUGGUCUAGCUAUUUUUUCCACUCAAGUGCUUCUCACUUUGCAUAGUCCUGACUUUAUUUGCAGCAUUUCCAGAAUUGGGACAGAGAACAAUCUUGAUAAUUUAUCACCUUCUAUGAAGGCCCACUUUUGUUCAUGUUUUCCUUCCACAGUGUUUCUGCAUGCUGAAUGUCAUUGUAUUCAUUGCUCUGUAUAUUUCUGAAUUAAUACUAAUAAAUUUCA